GCAAUCAGUUGCUACUGAGACACGAUUGAGCAGACAACAUGCAGCUGCAGCUUACGGUGUUAACACUGCUGCUGCUGGCACUGGGCGUGGCAAACGCCUACCAGCUGGAAGAAGUGCACGACGAGAACGAGCGGGAAGCCUGGCUGGCUGGAGUCUUUACGCCGCAGCCACUGAAGCCCGCACCCUGGCAGACGACAACACCAACAUACCCACCAAUACCCACUCCACCACCCAGACGGGAACCAGCACCUGGGAACGCCCGAGUGCAGGUGCCUGGCGUGGGUGAAGUGCAGGGCUUGGCGGAGUUCAAGCGCUUGCGCGGCAGAGCCAUCGAUGCUUGGCUGGGUGUGCGCUACGGUCAAGUGGGCAGCGGCCUGGGUCGCUUCCAGCAGGCCAAGCCAGUGCCGUAUGAAUCCUUCAUCAAUGCCACACGCCAGAGCGAGAACUGCGCACAGUUUCCGGAGCUGCCGCGUCUGCAGCAGGCGGAGGCACGUGGCGAGAAUGUGGACGACUGCCUGACGCUGAAUAUUUAUGCACCCGCCGCUGCCAGAGAGCUGCCCGUGCUGGUCUUUGUGCAUGGCGAGAUGCUGUUCGAUGGCGGCGCCGAGGAGGCGCAGCCGGAUUAUCUGCUGGAACAUGAUGUGGUGCUGGUGUCCAUCAAUUAUCGCUUGGCGCCUUUUGGCUUCUUGACUGCUCUGAGCGAGGAGCUGCCUGGCAAUGUGGCGCUCUCCGACCUGCAUCUGGCGCUCGAGUGGGUGCAACGCAAUAUCCGCUACUUUGGUGGCGCCGCCAACCAAGUGACGCUCAUGGGCCAAGCAGGCGGCGCUACACUAGCGCAUGCCUUGAGUCUAAGCACGCGCACCCAACAUCUCUUCCAGCAGUUGAUACUGCAAUCUGGCACAGCCUUGAAUCCUUACUUCAUCGAUGAGCAGCCACUGAAUACGCUGGCGACAUUUGCCCGCCUGGCCCAUUGUCCAAUGAUGCCCGGUAAUCUGAGUCCGCUCUACCAGUGCCUGAGCCGCCUGCGCAGCUCCCAGCUGGUGGAGGCCUUCCAGCAGCUGCAGCAGCAGCAGGAGCCGCGUGGUCUCAGCGCUUUGGGUGGCUUCAAGCUGGUGGUGGGCGAUGCUCUGGGCUAUCUGCCCGAGCAUCCAGCCGCUCUGCUGGCCAGCAACAAUGCCAGCAUGCCCACCAUCAUGGGCGCCGCCAAGGACGCCAGCGCCUUCAUACUCUCACGCUUCUAUGAGCAGAUACAGCAGCUGCAGUCGGGCAAUCUGAGCGACUACAUCAAUGUGGUGCUGCGUCAUGUGGCGCCUCCGCAGCAGCACAAGCUGUGGCACGACUGGGCCAUACGCGAGAUCUUUACGCCGGAGCAGCAGCGCUUUGCCAAUGCCCGCAGUGUCUUCCAGGGACUGCUGGAGCUCAGCAAUCUCAUACUGUAUCGCGCUCCGGUCAUUUAUUCCAUACGUGGCAGCUAUAGAAAGACUCCUGCCUAUCUGUACACCUUUGACUAUCGCGGCGAGCAUCAUCGCUUUGCUCACUUUGGUAAUCCUCUGCCCUUCGGCGUGGACGCCUCGCUCAGCGAUGACAGCGUCUAUCUGUUUCCCUAUCCUGCCGAGGCGAGUCGCCUCAAUCCGGAGGACCAGUCGCUGGCGCGUGCUCUAUGCAGCAUGUGGGUGAGCUUCGCCCAGUCCGGCAUACCCAAUCCCAAUGGCCAUAUGUGGCCCAAGGCCAGCUCCGAGUACGGACCCUUCCUGCGCUUUACCAAUAACAGAACAAGCAUUCUGGAGCUGGAUCAGCACUUUGGCGACGGCAUCAAUGUGCCCAAUCUCUAUGGCCAGAGCAGCAGUGGAGCAGUCUUAACAACAACCUCCACCACCACCACCACCACUACAACCACGCGUCGUCCUUAUCCUUACUAUACACGCAUUGUGUACAGACCUACACCGCCAGCUCAGCAGCCCCAACCUCAGAAUCCACAAGAGGAUCCGUUUGUUAGAAUCCAAGAGCAGCGCCGUCAACAAUGGAUGCGUGAGCAGCGCGAGCGCGAGCGAAUGGAUCAAGAACGCGAGCGUCAGCAGCGAGAGCAGCUGCUACGCGAAGAAGAAGAGCGCAAGCGGGAACAAUGGCAGCAGGCGCAGCAACUGCUCCAAGAGCAACAGCGUCGUGAAGAGCUCGAGCGUGAGCAGCUACUGCGCGAGCAGCAGCAACGCGAGCUCGCCGCACGUCAGCAACAUGAGCAGCAAGCCGAUCAUGAGCGCUCCCAGGAAGACCGUGAGGAGGAGGCGCGAGAGCAACAGGCACGCGAGCAGCAGCGACGCGAGCAAUUGGAGCGAGAGCGUGAGCAGGCGCCUGAGCACGAGCGCGAGCGUGAGCAGCAAACCUUUGAAGCCGCUGCCGAUGGCCAGCCCGAUCCCAGCGCCUAUCCCACCUACGAGGAGUACGUGGUGGCGCACCAGGCAUGGAUACAGCAACAGGAAAGUCUAUACAAUCCCCAAGCCUAUGCCAGUGCCGAAGAAGAGGAGAGCGCCCCCGUCGAGAGCGCUCCUCCCCAUCGUGACGCGAAUGCGCCACAACUUUUUAAGUUUGUGCGUAGGCAGCAGCAGCGCUUGAGGUUCUAAUCUUAAGUUCUGGAGCAUUAACAAUCAAAAAUGUCAAAGUGUAUAAAAAAUAAUUGUCUGUCUUCCAAUACUAAUGCAUAGUUUAAUAAACGCAACUUAUAUUUGAGCUAACAAAUGA